UGACACCUUCCUCCUCACUUCUGCUGCAGCCCCGAGCCAUGAUGAAGACCUUGUCCAGCGGGAACUGCACUCUCAGCGUGCCUGCUAAGAACUCCUACCGAAUGGUGGUGCUGGGUGCCUCCCGUGUGGGCAAGAGCUCUAUCGUUUCCCGCUUCCUCAAUGGCCGCUUUGAGGACCAGUACACGCCCACCAUCGAGGACUUUCAUCGGAAGGUAUACAACAUCCACGGGGACAUGUACCAGCUGGACAUCCUGGACACCUCUGGCAACCACCCAUUCCCUGCCAUGCGUAGGCUUUCCAUCCUCACAGGAGAUGUCUUCAUCCUGGUGUUCAGCCUAGAUAGCCGGGAGUCCUUUGAUGAGGUCAAGCGCCUCCAGAAGCAGAUCCUAGAGGUCAAGUCCUGCCUGAAGAAUAAGACCAAGGAGGCAGCAGAGCUGCCCAUGGUGAUCUGUGGGAACAAGAAUGACCACAGUGAGCUCUGCCGCCAGGUCACCGCCGUGGAGGCUGAGCUGCUGGUGUCUGGGGAUGAGAACUGCGCCUACUUUGAGGUGUCGGCUAAGAAGAACACGAACGUGAAUGAGAUGUUCUACGUGCUGUUCAGCAUGGCCAAGCUGCCCCACGAAAUGAGCCCCGCACUGCACCAUAAGAUCUCUGUGCAGUACGGUGAUGCCUUCCAUCCCCGACCCUUCUGCAUGCGCCGCACCAAGGUCGCAGGUGCCUAUGGCAUGGUCUCACCCUUUGCCCGUCGUCCCAGUGUCAACAGUGACCUCAAGUACAUCAAAGCCAAGGUCCUACGGGAGGGUCAGGCCCGAGAGAGGGACAAGUGUAGCAUCCAGUGAGAGGCAGGGACAUCGGGAGGGGGCUUGGGCAGUGCCUUAAGGGAAGUGGCUGAGGAUUCCCACUGCCCACAUCCCACGAGGGCCCUAGGCAUGUACACUGUGCCCGUUCUCCUGAUUCCUAGCCACCUCCUGUGAGUUCUUAUGUCUAUGGCUCCUUUGUUGUAGGACAGAGACACAUUUGGGGACAUGUCAGAACUCAAGUUGAGACAAGCUUUCAGUGUCCUUAGAGUAGGAGGAAUGCAGACAGACCAGGAGUCCUGCGUCAAAGCAAGAUGCUCCGUACAAGUCACAGGAUGAGAACAUCUUAGCCAGAUGUCACAGCCAGAUUCCCUGGUGGCCUCUGCUUCCUCUGUGUGGAUCAAUCUGGUCUCUAUGCUUCUGGAGAAAUCAGCCCCAGCCCUCUGGCCCAGCUGUGUACACCCACCCCUCCAACUUAGCCGCUGGCCACCCCGACAUUGAGCCAACAGAGUGUGUGUGUGUAUGUGUGUGUGGAGGGGUGAUGGGUCCAUGUCCCUUAGACCACUGCCUCCUGGCUUCUCUCCCAGGCUCCGCCAUAUGACAUUGUUCUUGUUUUGAAGUUGUUUCCUGUUCUGUUUGCAGUAGACAUGAAGUCCUUGUAUGGUAAGAACCCAGUGACCUGUCUUUGGCCAGUUCAAAUCCAUUAUUUUCCCCUUCCUCUCUGCUCCCAGGCAGACUAUGCAGCUGAAUCCUGUGCUGUGUUCAGCAGCUUACAAAUGAACCCACAACACCACAGUCACAGAAGGCCAGGGUGUCUCUUCUGCCCUCAGGAGAGGAUGACUGGGCUUUGGGGGAAGUGACUCUAGACCCCUCCACACUCCUCGCUAGAUCAGGACAGAGCUCUGGACCAGCUUCUGCUGUAGCUCCUCGAGCCUCUGUCGAGCACCCACUGGAUACUGAGCUUCCUGUGCGCUAGGCAUCAGAGCGAGAGGUCCUGUGUGUUCCCAGCUCUGGCCUCUGCCCACUGCGGUGCCUUUUGCACACACAGCUGCUGUAGGAAGGGAAGGAGCCGAGAGCCUCAGCCGAGCCCAGGAUAGGUUGGCAGGAAGACACGUGGUGGGUCUUUUCCUGGUGCUCAGGCUGUGCUAGGCACUUCUCCCCGCAACGCAGGGGUAAGGUGAGAGAUGACCGUGAUCCUGAAAGCCAAAGGCCCUGUUCAGUUCUCAAUACAUGUGGUCUUUAGGCCCUGUAAUACCACCAUGACUGGCCCACUGAGAUGGUGCCUGCUGCCAAGCUGUUCAACCUGAGUUUGAUCCCUGACGUCACAUGGUGGAGGGAGAGAACUAACUUCUGUAAGUCAUCCUUUGACUUCCACACAGGCACCAUGGUACCUGCAUGCACACAAAGUAAUGAGGCCGAUUACCCCAAAGCAUAGGGAUCCAUUAGUGUUCCUUCAAGGCCCAGAAGUGUGAGUCCACACACACCGCGUUGUACCCUCUCCUCCUGGAGCUCCUGGUGGCAGGGGUUUGGACCCCCAGUGAUCACUGAGGUUACCCAUAGAUGCUGUGUACAUUGUCGUCCGUAAUGCACCUCGGCUCCUGCUCUGCACAGCAAGCCUCAGGCCUGGUCCUGACUGUGUCCUCACAGCAACACCUGCUGCUCAGCACCUGCUUCUGUCCUGCAGCAAACACCCCCACUCCCCGCUAGCCCCAAACUUGAGAGUAUAGCAGGCGCUUGUCCAGGCAGGUGUAUGGCCUGGUUCCAUCCGGCCAAGCUCCACUGCCUGGACCUUUGUGUACACUAUCAAUUAAAGUUGGUUUGUUAGCA